AUGCCAGAGACGAUCAGGGAGGAGUACAUCAGGAGAAACCCCCGCUCGGCAGAACUGUACCCCAGGUUCACAGAGCUGUUCCCAUCGGGCGGCGCGGGCCACGACGGGUACGUAGCAUCCCCCUUCCCCAUCACCAUUGCCAGGGGACAAGGGCCCCGCAAGUGGGAUGUGGACGGGAAUGAAUAUAUCGACUACGGGCUGGGCUCCGCUUCGUUGCUGCUGGGCCACGCCCAUCCCGAGGUGGUCGAGGCGUUGACCCAGGCCGCUCCCGUCGGCUCCCACUUUGGCGCGCCCGUGGAGUCCAUGCUGGAGUGGGGCGAAAGGGUCUGCAACCUGAUUCCCUGUGCCGACAAGGUGCGUUUCGUCGCAUCGGGCGCUGAGUCCACCAUGCUUGCCAUGCGCAUCGCCCGGGCCUACACCGGCAAGGAAAAGAUUAUCCGGUGGGAGUCCCACUACCACGGCUGGCACGACUACGCUAUGCCCGGCAACCUGCCGCCCUUCGACGCUCCCGCAUCCAUCGGCAUUCCCCAGGGAGCGGUGGACUCGGUCAUAGUCCUGCCGGUGGACCUGAAUGUCCUUGAGGAAACACUGGCCAACAACAACGACAUUGCCGGCGUGAUAACCGAGGGGUCGGGCGCGUCCUAUGGCACGGUGCCGCGCCAGGAAGGCUUCGUGGAAGGCGUCAGGGAGCUGACUCGGAAGUACGGUGUCGUAAUGAUCCUGGACGAGGUCAUUACCGGUUUCCGCUGGAGUCCCGGCGGCCUGCAGGAAUGGCUCGGCAUCGAACCGGACCUCUGCACCCUGGCCAAGAUCCUGACCGGCGGCCUUCCCGGCGGCGCGGUGGCGGGCCGGGACGAGGUAAUGCAGGUGAUGGUACAGACCGGCGACCGGCAGCAUGACCGGUACGAGCGGGUGCUCCACGGCGGCACCUUCAACGCCAACCCCUAUUGCGCCGCCACCGGCAACGCGGCCCUGCGCAUCGCCGCCACCGGCGAAAUGCAGGCGCAAGCGGACCGCAUGGCCGAGCGGCUGAGGGUGGGCCUGCGCCGCAUAAUGGACCACCACGAAAUAGCUGCCACCGUUUAUGGCGAGUCCUCCACCUUCCAUCUCUACUUCGGCGGGCGGUCCAUCGACGGCCUGGACGCCAACACGCUCAAGAACGCUUCCCCGGAUGUCCAGACGGCCUUCCGGCAGGCGUUGCAGGUAAGGGGCGUUGACCUGAUGUCCCGAACCAGCGGCGUCCUCUCCGGCGUGCACACCGAGGCGGACAUCGACACCAGCCUGGAGGCCUUUGACGGGGCAAUCAAGGCGAUGAUAGAUGAGGGGAUAGUAACCUGA